UGGGAGUGGGCAGGGCACCCCGCCCAGCCCUGAGGAUGAAGGAAUCCGAGCUGGGAGUCUGGCGCGGCAGGGAAAGGGGGGCGCCAGGGUGGUGAGCGAGAUGAGAAGAGAGAUGGCAGGAAGCCGGGAGGAGUGACGGGGGUGGAGACGGUGGAGGGGAAAGGAAAAGGGCGGGUAGAAGGGGUGGAGGGAGGGAGAAAGAACGAGAGGACGGCUGGAGGAGGAGAGCGGGGAGGAAGGGUGGGGAAAGGAGAGAAAGAAAGGGCUAGGAGCGGAGCGCGGCGAGGACCCCACGGCGGGCGCAACGGGCGUCCCGACCAAGCCGUCCCCGCGAGCAAAGCGUCGCCAUUCCGCUGCUCGGGGCGCCGCCGCCGCCGCCACCGCGCCCGGGGGCCAUGCUCCCGCCGCCCCCGCGCCAGCCGCCGCCCCAGGCGCGAGCGGCCCGGAGCGCGGUGCGCCUGCAGCGGCCCUUCCUGCGCGGCCCCCUGGGCGUGCUGCGGCUGCUGCAACUGCUGGCCGGCGCCGCCUUCUGGAUCACCAUCGCCACCAGCAAGUACCAGGGCCCGGUGCACUUCGCGCUCUUCGUGUCGGUGCUCUUCUGGUUGCUGACCCUGGGCCUCUACUUCCUCACACUGCUGGGUAAGCACGAGCUGGUGCCUGUGCUAGGCUCGCGCUGGCUGGUGGUCAACGUGGCACACGACCUGCUGGCAGCCGCUCUCUACGGCGCCGCUACCGGCAUCAUGAUCGACCAGACGCAGCGCCACAGCUACUGCAACCUCAAGGAUUACCCGCUCCCCUGCGCCUACCACGCCUUUCUGGCUGCCGCCGUCUGCGGCGGCCUCUGCCUCGGCCUCUAUCUGCUCUCGGCGUUCUAUGGCUGCUGCCGCCGCUGCCAGGGCAAACAGGAGGUGGUGUGAGGCCGCUCGCGCCCGCCGCGGUCCCUAUCGGGGUGGGGGACCCUCCGGAGACCAGCGCCCCCAGUCCUUCCUGCUGCCGCCGGCCCACGCCGGUACGCCCUGGCACCCUCCCCGUGCCCUGCGUUUCACUGCCACUGGCGCCCAUGAAGCCCACGCGCAGUUCCCGCCCGACGACAGUACUAUACAGCCUAGAGUCCGGACACCCGCGCGGCACGCGCAGUCUCCAGGGGCGGUCGCACAGCCCCGCCAUCAGGAGGCGAAACCUCGCCGUUCCUCUUUCUUUUCCCUGCGGAGAGUGAGACGUGGACAGGCGCCGCGUAGAUCCGGGGGAGGCUCCCAAAUUGGAACCAGCCUAACAGCUGCGCCACGGCCCCCUUCCCUGGCCCCUUCUUCCAGCCUCGGGUGCUGUAAAAAGUAGGCGCGCAGCCACGGGCGGAGCUGGGGACAGGCCUCAGCUGGUCCCGGGAUGAACGAGGAGUUUGGUUUUAGCACGCGAUCGUGCGGGGACCCUGCGCAAUCCCUCUCUGCGCAUCUCUAGGAGUUCUGAUGCCUUGGGAUGGGUCCCAUCUGCAGAGGUGGGGGCCGGUGGGAUGGGCCCGCUGGUUGUACCUUGACACCUUUGGAGUCUUCUCUCGCCUCGCCCUACUCCGCCUUUCUCCUUGAGAUUUAUGCAGACCAGUCCCAAACACACGCUAACUUUCCUGGCUUCUCAGUAACAUAUGUUUCAUCCCUGGCUUCCACUCACAGGCUUCUGCUCCUCCCUAUUCAUCCCCCUAUAUAUGUUUGCAUUAGGAAUCCCCCGACCAUUGAGGAAUGUUAGGGCGAGCCCUACUCCUUCUUUUUACAGUUGGGGACCCAGAGCCUGCUCUCAGAAACAACCAGAAAAAGAUUAGAAUCAGAACCUGGUCUCCCUCGGUGGUCGGCCCUCACAGUUCAAUGCUGUUUGCAGGAAGGGAGUGGGUGAGCUCCUGGCUCAGGAGAUAGCCCUCUGAAAGAGAGUUUCAAGGCCAACUAUAUUUGUCAACGGUGCUAGCUCCCCUUCUUGGAGAUUGGCGAUGCUCAUUAGCUUGUCAAGGUCUAAGAAGCUGUUACAGACGCCCUGUAUUUAGUUUACUACAACAACUGCACCUCGGGGUCCAAACAGUCCUGUUAUGUCCCUACUCUCAUUCCAAAGGAGAUCAACCAUUUGGCUGUGUUCUGUUUGAAGAUUUGGGGAGCUGCAUUCCUUUCCCAGGGAAUUUUUCUGGCAGGAGACCCACCCCAGUGAGGAGAUUGCUGGCCCUGACCAGCCAGAGACCCCGUGAAUUUGAUAAUUCCUUUACUUUGUUGGAGAAAUGAAGCCAAGGUUAUCCCAGUCUAAAGGAACUUCACCUGUAAGAGAUCCUGGCUUUGAACGUGAACAUGGUAGAGUGGGUCCUGCUCACCAAAGAAAAGAAAAAUCUCUGGAGCUGGGGUGAAUUGCUGGCCAGGCCUCUAAGGCUUCCAUGUUGCUGGGGGCAUAGAGGUUUCCAGAGCUGGCUAUACCAACUUCUCCCAGGGCCCACUUCCCUGGUCUGCCAGCACCAUGCUGGCCUGGGCCAGCAGAAGGUUUGACUCUUCACUGGCAGUAGAGGAGCUGGUGAGAGGAAUGACCUCUGCCCAGCAGCUUCCUUUCCACACCAUCCAAAGGAAGAGCCAAGAUGAGUGAAGAUUGAUUUUGCCUCAACUCAAGAGAAUUUCUGAUUCUCCUUGUGCUAUGAUUUUGGCGCAAGAUUCUGGACACUGAGAACUGAGCUGUGCACCCCUAUACCCUAAACAAUGGGUUUCAGUUUGAGUUUUUGUUCUUUCUUUCUUUUUCUUUUUUUUCUUCUUUCUUUUUUAGAUUACUGCCUAAGUUGUAUCCUCAGCUCAGGUCCAGCCCCCUCAGGAUUUCUUUUUAUCCCCAGCCCUUGGUGCUGUCUGUGGUCAGGUGACCUUAUGGACAAGGGAUAAAGGAGUGGCUACCUCCUUGGCCUUCAUGGUGCCUCACCCAUCCAGACGUGCCUGUAGCAUUCCAGAGCUCACUGGCUCUUCUAGAUGUGCCUUCCCGCUCGCUCGGCUUCCAGCGGCUUGGUGGUCCUUCUGUUGGCCAGAUGUUGAGAAGGACUUGUAAGACACCCAGCACACCUACCUUCCCCCUCGAGGACCUGUGCCAUAGCAGCGGCCAUCUGACCUGGCCCAGCACUUUUGGAUACUUCAGGCUCCCUCUUUGGACAUCAGGACUUGGUCCAGCCAAGACCAUCUGGGCAGCUCCAGCCCAAAAGUCUGGGGCCACUUGCAGACCCACGAGAGGAUUUCUAUAGUGUUCUGCAAAGGCCAAAAGGGAGAGAUGAGGGAAGAUAAGGGAGAGGGGACUGAAGUGCCUCAUUCAGUAGUUUAGUGGUGAUUAUUAUACUAAUAUGCUUUUCCAAAUAAAGUUUGGUUGUCUGA